AUGGGGCCGCGCGAACUCAGCCAUCACUCGAAGUUUCCGAUGAUGCUGCGACUUCACGGCAGCAUCACACCUAAGCUUGUUAUACCCGUUUUGCUGGUAGGCGGGUGGGCCACCGCCGUUACUUGCAUCUCGAAGCUUGUAUAUGACCUUGGAACCGACCAAGUCUUCAUCACCGUACUAGGCUUUGUCGUCAGUCUGGCCCUCAGCGUCCGCAGUUCUACCUCGAUGGACCGCUACUUCCAAGGUCGACAGCUUUGGGGGCGCCUCCGACUCGCAUCGCACAUCUUGGCUCGUCUGAUAUGGAUACACGCUGAAGAGAGACAUGGUGCUGAUGCGGGGUUGGGGAAGCAAGAUCUGCUCGGCAAGGUCAGCUGCUUGAACCUGAUCGUGGCUUUCGCUGUCGCAGUGAAGCACAAACUGCGGUUUGAGCCAGGAACGCAUUAUGAGGAUCUGAAGCACCUGGUCGGUCAUCUGGACACCUUUGCGCAAGCAGCGGAUAUGCCUGCGCCCGACCCUCCGAGCGCUUUCAGGCGGACUUGUCAGCUACUCGGCAUGCCCAUGGCGACGCCCAACCCACGCAAACACGUCAAGCAAUCGCGCGUGCCUCUCGGUGACCUACCCCUUGAGAUUUUAUCUCACCUCUCUGCGUACAUGAAAGUUCUAUACGACAACGGCACGUUGAGAGACUACAGUAUCUAUCAAACCCAGACUUUGGACUCGCUGACAAUCAUGGACGAAGUGUCGUGUGGCACGGAGAGAAUCCUGAACACACCGCUUCCACUUGCGUACUCCAUCGCCAUAUCCCAGGUCACUUGGCUGUACAUUCUGUUGCUGCCGUUCCAAUGCUACAACAGCUUAGGCUGGAUCACCAUCCCUGCAUGUGUGGUCGCAGCGUACAUCAUUCUGGGUAUCGCUUUCAUCGGCCGUGAGAUCGAAGACCCUUUCGGACACGACGUCAAUGACCUACCUCUGGAUGCCUUCUGCCAGCAAAUCCGCCAAGACCUUGACAUUAUCAUGUCACGCGUUGCGCCUCUCGUCAACGACUUUAUGGGUCGUGAAGAAAACAUGCCGCUGUAUCCCCUUUCAUAUCUGAGCACGAGAGCAUGGGCAAACAAGUCGCCAGAUGAGAUACAUGUCGCUUUGUCGCAGAAGGUAGGUCUCCAUCAUCCCAUGGUUGAACGCGGUGAGAACCCGGUGCCACCUACGCAAGGAAGAUUAAGUGGCGUAGAUAGCUGGGUGGAGAAGGGUGGAGCAGGACCGAUCGGCACGACAGGUCACUACAGAAGAAAACACGGAAGUGUUUAG